AGUGUGCAACGUUCACACUGGCAACAAAAGUUCCAAUUGGAAGAUUGAAAAACUAGAAUAUUAAAUGUUAUUGUACGAAUUAUAAAUAAAACUCAAAAUGCUGCGCCAGGAGAACUUGGCGGCCAACUUCUGCGGUCUGUUGGCCACCCAAGGCUACAAGGAAAAGGCAAACGAGUGGCGCAUUUUGGGGCAGGAGCAAGAUGGCUCUAUGCUCACAUCCUGGAUAUUUGAGUAUGUGGAGGAUGCGGAGGAGAAGGUGCGCAAGGAGACCUGCAUUGGGCACUUCCAUGCCACCAAAAAGCAGCUCCGCUUGCUCUGGACCCUGCCCAAAUGCUGUGAAAUCAUCCAGGCGAGCGUCAAUAGCAGCGUCACCCUUUUGUCCUUUGUGGAGAAGACCGAGGGUAAUCUUUACCAGGCCUUUGUUGUGGAGGUGCGCAGUUCGGAGGGCGGCACUGUUACGCCCAUAAAUGCGGAGCCUACGCCUCGGCAAAUUAUGACGCAGUUUCUGUGGCGCGUGGAGAGUGCCACGCGCACCUGCUGGCAGGACAAGUUGCUAGUGCUCACCCACGAAGAGUCCAUCAGGCAGUACAGCUGUGUGGUAAAGCAGAGUUCGACCACAUCUUCGACUGGUGCCGGCGAGGGCAGUGCCUGGCGCCUAGACACCAGCAUCCUGACAUUCGAAACUCUGGCCAGGAACUUCAGCUGGGCUCAGUGGGAUCCCGAGUGUCAGGCCCUCUACUACAUACAUCUGAAGCCAAAGGCCAAAAGCCUCAGCCUGCUGGAUGAAAGGGAGGAGGCGGGUGGCGAGCAGGCGGCUCCGAUUCUAAGUCCCACACUGUCGGCCUUUCAGUUCAACGAAAAGCAGCCCACGGAGACGGUGCUAAAUAUACCUCUCAAUCUGCCCAAGCUUCCCGCUGGUGGCUCGAGGGAGGAGGAAACCCCUAGCUACGACGAUGAUGCGGUACCGUUGCGUGUUCACGACAGCUCCCUGAAUCUUAUCAUUCUGGCUGACAGUUCUUCGGGCAUGUUCUUCGUCUGCCACUACUACCUUUACCAGCCGAUGCAGUCGGAGCAGAAGGACGUGCAUUUCGCCUACUCGGUGACCCUGCUGCAUCACGGCUGCGUGGUGCACUGCGUUAUGCCCGGGGUGCCGUGGCAGAAGGCUCGGCUGUUGAAGCCCACUUUUGCUCUGCACGGACAGCAUCACUUGCUGGUGUCGUCGGCCUUUUUUGUCCAUUUGCUGGACGUGGGACUGCAGCACGAACCGAAUUGUCACAUCGUGUGUGCCGCCCACAGCAACCGGAGUCCCGAUAUCACCCAGCUGGUUCCUUUGCGGAAGUGGGGAGCCCUGGCCUACGAUGUGGCCACCUUGGAUUUGGUCUCUUUAACUGUGCCCAAGUCGCAUUUGAUCGAGGCGUUUCGCAAUGACAGCUCACUGGACAACAGAAUCAGCAUAAUCCACUACUUUCUGCUGCACUCGAACGACAUGGACGUGCUGGCCGAGCUGCUGAAUAGUAUACUGGAACGUCCGCUUUCCCUGGACACGGUGGCCCUGCUAAAGGAGGCCCUUGUGGCUGGCAGCUAUGCGGCUGCAGUUCGCGGUCUGCCGGAGGAGGCCAAGCCGCUGAUGAGGCUAUUGCCACUGACCACAGCCAUCGCCUCGCGACCCAUUCAGGCCCGGGUGGCUGACAUAAGUGUGGGCCUCUCGCAUGAAACCCUGCACAACACCAGCAUGAUGCUUCUCUCGCCGCAGCAGCGACUGUCACCCUACCGCACGGAUAUCUGGACACGGCUGUGGGAUCUGCUCAACGAGUCUGCAAAGCAGGAACAGCCGCGUUUUAGUGGAGAGCAGGUGACUGAGAAGCUCAUGUUUAGCCUGGCCUGCUAUCAACCGGAGGCUCUGUCCCGGUGCACCACGCCCCUUUCCCCAGACGCCGGCACUGGCGGUGGCUUUGGAGACUACAGCAGCGGCAGUGCGUUUCCCUUUAGCAACGAAGUUCUACCCUUCAUUGAGCUGGAGGGCUGCACGGCCAGCAAGCAGGAGCACGUCAUUUCGGUGUAUUUGCGGGAGCUGAGCGUGCAUUUGGUGAAGCAUUCCUCCAAACCGCACACAGGCUUCCGUUGGCUGAAGGAGACCUUCUUUGAGCGCUCCCAGGCUCCGGCUCACGUGCAUGCGGUGGCUUCCCAGUUCGUUUCCUCGCAGCUGGAGCUGUCCCGUGCUCUAUGCUCUCUCGUGUGCCGGGCGGCGGGCCUGGAUGCUCGCAUGGAAACGCUGCGUGGCUUCCAGUUGAUAGACAAAAUGCCUGCUAGCCAACAGCACUCGCUGUUUCUUAUCCUGGAGAGAUACUGCCUGGCAGUGGAAUCGAUAGCCUUUCCCCUGCCCGAGGGCUUCUCCUCGUUCUUCACUUACCUGGGCUAUCGGGCCCUGGGCUACAACAUGUUCCUUCAGUAUGUGGAGAACCAUGUGUUCGAGCUGCAGGUGGACGUCAUGAAGGCCAUUGUUUUUGAUAUCGAGGACUCUCCUUUGGGCAUCGAACGUAAGCUUUCCCUGCUGUCGGCUCUGCCCAAGCAGCGGGCCCAGCGUCUGCUAAAAUGUUGGCAGCAUCCGGAUAGCCUCAUGAUCCGUGGCAGGGAGCAUGCAGCCAACAUUCUGUCCGGUCAGCAGCUUCUGGAAGCCAACCAGCAGCAGCGGCCAUCGGCUUGUGCAAACCAAUCCCGAAACAAUGCCAGGAGCGACUUAACUGCCGAAGCCCUGACGCCGUUGGACUCCUUUCUGGACCUGCUGACGGCCAAGGCCAGUCUAAACGAAUUGGACUAUAAUUUGCUUAUUGAGACCACCUUGAGCUCCAUUGAUCUCCUCAAGGUGGAGGGCUAACGUGCUUAUAGCAGUCAUGACAGUAAUUGAAAGGGUAUUAACUAAAGGCCAAAGUAUAGUGUCAAAAUAUCAAGUAUUGGACCCCACAUGCAGUUACGCUUGUGUUACUAUUCUAAGUCUUGUUUUCCGUGCAGCUUAAAUCAAUAAUUUUAUGUUUAACGUUCGUUCCUAUUAUUAUUUAUAUGUCAAUGAAUUUAUGCAUUCCAUGUCUUAUAGUUUAUAUCACGAAUUUAUGUAUCUGUGUCGUACAUAUUUGUUUAUUAUUUAUUUAUUUAUUUGUCAAAAACACUGGCAGCUUGUAUUUACCAUAAACGAGUUAUUAAAAUAAUAA